GCCGCACCGCUGGGGCCGAUAUUAAUGCGGCCACGCGCGGGGGCGUCAUCGCCCCGCGAUUCGCUGUUAAUGAAGGCUUCAAACUCUUGAGCGACGGGCCAUGGAAGCGCAAGGUUCGUGCGAUUGACGACUUCACGGCCAGCUGGGUCAACAGUGCUUCCGCGCCGCUCGUGGCCAUGUCUGCAGACACCCUGGACGCGCCAGCAGCGACGGCGCGGCUAGCCGCAGCGGACAGCGCCAGGGCGCUGCUGCGGCUGAACAAAUCGGAUUUCGUCGGCGCAUACAAGACGCCGCCGCUUCACUCCGAUGCGCUGAAACACGCGGGGACCCUCAAGUGCUUGCAAUUGUUCGCGCGCCCUUUCGGCGCGAAGGCGUCCGGCUUCCAGUGGGAGCGCCUCGGGCACGCCAUCCGUCGCAUCCUGGCGGUUUUAUUUUACGUGGGCAGGGGGAGGUACGUGGACGUCACCUUCUCCGUUAACCGCGAGUGCCCACCGCGGGCCGGUCAGCGCGCAGGGCCCGCCGGCGAGGCCGAUGUCAACCGCCGGGUAAUCGAGGAUUUGCUGGGGUGGGCCCUGGACCACGACAAAGAGCGCGCCGGCGCGGAAGAGCGCGCCGGUGCUGGACCAUUG